GUUAGGCUUUGCGCCGUUUCAACUCUUUCUCUUAACUUCUCGUUCUCGUUUCUCCUUCGUGAAAACGGCGAUGGCCUUCCCCUCCUCUCCGGCGAGCGUUAUGAACGCCGCCGCAACUAACCCUUCUUCUACCUCGAUCUCCGUCUCUAAUCCCAACCUCAUUCUUUCUAAUUCGUCCCUCAAUUCUCUGUAUUUGAUUCACAACAAAACCCUAAGAAGCCUAAGAAAGCGAUUACAAGAUGAUGAUGGACGCUACUGCUCAAUUCAUGGGGGAAACAAUCAGAAGACCACAAUCUACCGUAUAGCAUCAACAAUGGCGCAAAAGAAGAUGAAUGAUGGAAAUAGCGAUUCGAAGACUUACCUGAAUGUGAGCCGAAGAUGGUUGUUGAGGAAAACCAGAGGUGAGUUAGAGAUGAGGCGAAUAUGA